UCCCACGAUUCAGGGCUCGGUCCCAGUCCAAUUGAGUCCUCUCGACUUAGUCCUCUACAAAUAUGCUUUAGAAUAAAGUUUGUCUUUCCUUCAGAAACUGUUGUCAGUGGCAGAUGGAGUGAUUGGGAAGACUGGGGUGAAUGCAAUGCUGUCUGUGGAGAUGGAGAACAAGAGCGUAAGCGAACUUGUACCGAUCCCUCGCCGUCUAAAGAGGAGGCUCGGUGUUCAGGACCCAGCAAGGAAACAAGGCCGUGUAACAAGGGACCAUGCCAUGAAUCAGAAUCAAUUUGUCCAGAGGGUUGGGUUCAUUAUGGAAACUCUUGCUUCCUCGUCAUCGACAUUCCAAUUAGGGAAUGGAAAGCUGCAAGACGAAACUGCCGAAAACUGGGAGACCUCGCUAAAAUUACAUCCGCCACCCAAAAUCAGUUUCUCUUAAACCUUCUUAAGAAGCAGGUGAGGUUUACAAGUCGCGGAGCAUGGAUAGGACUGCAACGAAGAGGAUCCAAUACGUUUUACUGGACAGACGACACACCGCUGACUGGCUACACGGCAUGGAAAGUUGGUGAACCAAACAAUGUGUUCGAGAAAUGUGUGCACCUGAUUGGAAAGAAUUGGAGAUGGGAUUUUACUCCAAGGAAGUGGAAUGACAUUUAUUGCAUCCCUCCCAGCUGGAUUCAUUACGAAGAUGUACCUGUAGCUCUUUGCCAGAAAACGCCAAACGGGAUGGAAGUAUUAUCCCGUCUUCGUUAGCAUCAUGGCGAUGAGAAGAAAUGCAUUUUCUUUGCUUGCUUUGUAUUCGUAA